AUGUCCGCCCAAGCCCCCAUCACCAUACUCCUCGUGCACGGCGCGUGGCACGGGCCGUGGUGCUGGCGAGACCAGAUUCCCGAGCUGCAAAAGCUCGGCUACGACGUGGCCACAGUCCAUCUGCCGUCCGCGCAGGGCGUGGCGGGCAAGACGCAGUUUGACGACGCCGACGCGGUCCGCGCCCAUCUAGCGACGCUCGUGGCGGCCGGCACGCGCGUCGUCGUGCUCGCGCAUUCGUACGGGGGCCCUAUUGGUAGCGCCGCCAUUGCCGGCCUCUCCACGCGGGAGCGCGCGGCCGGCAACCUGCCCGGCGGCGUGGUCGGCCUCGUCUGCCUCUGCGCAUUCGUCCUGCCCGGCGGCAUGGACCAGGGCGCCUUGAUCGAGGCCACGGGCGGCCUGCCGCAUAUUACGUGGGACGCCCCGUCAGAAGGCCUGUUUGUGCCCAAGGAUCCGCGGGUCAUGUUCUUCUCGCCCGACGUGGCGCAGGACUGCGUGGACUGGGCCCUGCCGCAGCUUCGACCGCAGAGCAUGGCGGCCAACAAGGGCAUUGUGCCGCCGCAGGCGUGGCAGGAAGACGCAGACUACUAUCGGCAUAAGCUGGGCUACAUCACAUGCACUGAGGACAAGGCUAUCCCGUUUGAGCAGCAAAAGGACAUGAUUGACGGGGCGGGUGGUGAGGGGGAGUGGCUGGUUCGUGAGCUUCGAGGUUCGGGUCACAGCCCGUUUUUCUCGCGCCCUCAGGAGGUGGCUUCUGUUGUGCAUGAGAUAAUAGAGAAGUUUAAUGAGUCGGACGCGGGCAAAUAG